AUGGCUUCCGCAAAGCGCAAACCUGAAGCAGCCCCAAGUAGACAACCCAGCAAGAGACCGAAGACGGAUCCCAGCUCGAAGGCAGAGGCACCUGUCAAGGAACAGAAAAGAGACCAGAAGCCGAGACAAGCCUCGAUUCUUACGAAAGAACAGCCUGCUUUCCCUCGAGGCGGUGCAAGUCUAUUGACUCCCCUGGAACGCAAGCAAAUCCGAGCCAAAGCAGCACGAGAUGCGGACCGAGAACAGAAGCCGACAGAGGAUCUCUUCGGAGGAGGGGACAGAGCGCUCGAUACUGAGAGCGAUGAGGGAGAAAAGGCGAAACCACAGAUAGAGCCGAAGCGGCGCGAACGGCAACGAACGAAGGGCAAGAAGAAGCCUGACUCUGCUGCGGUCAGUACGAAAGCAGAAGUUCAAAUCGGAGGCCUCAGCUACAAACGAAUCACCACCGCCUCCCUCAUCCUCGCCCAGGUGACAUCCGUAAGCGCGCGAACUCUGACCGUCGCAUUGCCCAACAACCUUGUCGGAUAUGUGCCCUUGACCGCCAUCUCCCCACAGCUAAGCGACAAAAUCCAGGAUCUGCUGGAGAAGAACGAUGAUGAAGGGAACAACAGCGACGAUGAGGAGGAGGAGGAUGACGGUAUCUCCUUGACCAACUACUUCCGCCUCGAUCAAUAUUUACGCGUGGCCGUCACUUCUACCGAGCAGGAGAGGCAAGGACAGACAUUGGCACGAAAGCGAAUUGAAUUAUCCGUGGAACCAGCCUUGACCAAUGCAGGAUUGAAUCGACAGAAUCUCGCCGUCGGCGCCACAGUACAGGUUUCCGUGAGUAGCGUCGAAGACCACGGUUUGGUGGUCGAUGUCUCACUUGAAGAUGACCAUGUCCGUGGCUUCGUCCCGAGCAAACAAUUGCCCAGCGGCCGGUCUCUUUCGGACAUUAAAACUGGUGCUGUUUUGCUAUGCCACGUACUGGACGCCAGCCCCAACAACAAGGUGGUCAAGCUUUCAGCUGACCUCUCCAAGUCGGUUGUGCUCAAGUCUGCUCCUUCCGUCGACACGUUUCUCCCAGGUACCAAAGCUGAAAUCCUGAUUAGCACCAUGACGGAGGCUGGGCUUACAGGAAAGAUCAUGGGCAUGCUGGAUGUGACCGCCGAUGUCAUACACUCCGGUUCAUUUCGAGACCGGGAAGCCUUCCUCGCGAAAUUCCAGGUAGGACAGAGGAUCCCAGGUCGCCUCAUUUGUAACUUUCCUCUUUCCGACAAUAGGAAGCUGGGGUUCUCGGUGCUGGAGAAUAUACUGGACUUGAGCGAUAUCCCAGAGUCAACCGGCACUGAGAGUGGAAGACUCGCAUUAUCGUCUACUAUUGAGUCUGCGUCAGUGAUUCAUGUUGAGCCAGGCUUGGGCGUCUAUCUGCAGCUAAAUGAGCAAAAUGUCGGCUUUGCUCACUUAUCGCGGCUGGCAGACAAGAAGCUGGACGCUAUUUCUGAAUUUAGUGGUUCAUUCAAGCUUGGCUCCGAGCACAAGGCGCGGAUACUCGAAUUUAACCCAGUGGACAACCUCUAUAUGGUCUCCCUUCAGGAAAGUAUCCUUCAACAAGCAUUCCUGCGAUAUGAAGACGUCCCUCUUGGUGCCGUCGUCAAAGGAACAAUCGAGAAGCUGGUGAUUGGAGAAAGUGGAGUUGAGGGCCUGUUAGUGAUGCUUGCUGAAGGUAUAACAGGCUUUGUUCCCAAGUUGCAUCUGUCUAAUGUCAAGCUGGAUCACCCGGAGAAGAAGUUCAGAGCGGGCCAGACCGUCACUGCUAGAGUUCUGACCAGCAAUCCUGCCCGGCGACGUCUUCGACUCACCUUAAAGAAGGCCCUCGUUACCAGUGAUCAGAAAGCUUGGCUGCGGUUCGAGGAUAUCGAGGUCGGAGAUUCUACGGUAGGGACACUGGCCAAGGUCGACCCGCUUGGUGCGGUUGUCCGCUUCUUCGGACCUGUCAAGGGCUUUCUCCCUGUGUCCGAGAUGAGCGAGGCCUACAUCAAAGACGCGAGAGACCACUUCCGCGUGGGCCAAGUCGUUUCGGUGAGCGCUCUCAGCAUCAACGCCGCCGAGAAGCGCAUGACGCUGUCGUGUAGAGACAUCAACCGAUCAAACGCUUCGAUUGAAAGCUCCUUGUCACGUCUGCUUCCGGGUACCAUCACUAACGGCACGGUUUUCGAGAAGUCCGAGAAUGACAUUCUUUUGCGCCUGGAAGAAAACGACGCCAUUGCACGGCUCACACUGGAUCAUGUCGCUGAUGGGUCGCUUAAAAAAAGGCAAGCCGCCUUCAGCAAGAUCCGCGUCAACCAAACGCUGGAAAGCAUCCUCAUUCUACAAGUGCAGGCAAAACGACGAAUCGUGCUGAUCUCGAACAAGGCGAGUCUAGUCAGCGCAACACGCGCCGGCACGUUCCUCAAAAGUUUUGAGCAAUUACAACCUGGCGCCGUUGUGACUGGAUACGUCAAAAACAUCACCGAGGACGGCGUAUUUGUGGGCUUUGCUGCUGGCAUCACUGGCCUCAUUCCCAGAAGUCAAGUAUCUGUGGGAAAAGAAGACGAGGAGAACUUCGGCAUGACCGAUUUGCAACCCGUCACGGCCAGAGUGCUCAACAUCGAGUACAAGGGUGCUGCGCCCAGGUUCUGGCUAACGAUGCGUGAAGAAGGUUCAGUGACGAAGUCUGAAGGCCCGCCCACUGAGCCGGCCUCGUUUAAACUUGUAGACCCCGUUGAUGCCAGCCUCACGGUCGUCAACGAUCUCUCAGUCGGCAUGAAAACGAAAGCUAGAGUCAUUUCAGUCAAGGACACCCAAAUCAACGUCGAGCUGGCAAAGGACGUACAAGGACGCAUCGACGUCUCCGAAGUCUUCGACGAUUGGAAGGACAUCAAGGACAGGAAGAAGCCGCUGAAGCCAUUCUAUCCGCAGCUGGAGCUGACCGUUCGUGUGCUUGGUGCCCAUGACACAAGAAACCAUCGUUUUCUCCCCCUUACGCAUCGAAACGGGAAGAAUACAGUCUUCGAGCUGACGUGCAAACCAAGCUCGAUUGCAAGCGAGAAGCUGCCCCAGUUGGCGUUGCGAGAUAUGACGGUGGGCUCAUCUCACGUCGCCUUCAUCAACAAUAUCACCGACGAAUGUGUCUGGGUCAACAUCUCGCCAACCGUUCGUGGUAGGAUUCGGACCAUUGAUAUCGCGGACGAUCUGUCUCUGGCUGCCAAUUUGCCUCGCAACUUCCCUUUGGGUUCCGCCGUGCGCGUUCGCGUCCUUGCCGUCGAUCCUGAAAAGGGACAUUUGGACUUGACAGCCCGGUCGGACGGUACUGCAGGCUCUCUGGACUUCGCUAACGUCACCCCGGGCCUUGUUCUUCCAGGUCGGGUUACCAAAGUCACCGAUCGCAAUAUCUUUGUCCAGCUCAGUGAGCAGGUCGCCGGCUCAGUCGAGUUGGUCGAUAUGGCAGACAACUACGAUGAAGCCAAUCCGGCCAGAUAUCAGAAGAACGAUAUCAUUCGAGUCUCCGUCGUGGGUGUUGAUGUACCCAACAAACGGGUCAGCCUCUCAACGAGACCCUCAAAAGUUCUCAGCUCUUCGAUGAAAGUCACAGAUCGAGAGAUUGACUCUAUCGAUCGAGUCGCCGUCAACGAUAUUGUUCGCGGGUUCGUCAAGAAUGUGAGCGACCAAGGAGUCUUCGUUACACUCGGUCGCGGCGUGGUAGGAUUUGUCCGGAUCAGCAAUUUGUCUGACAGCUAUCUCAAAGAAUGGAAGGACCAUUUCCAGCGAGAUCAACUUGUAAAAGGCCGGAUCAUUAUGGUUGACGAGGCUUCUGGGCAGAUUCAGAUGAGCUUGAAAGAGUCAGCUUUGAAGCCCGAUUUCAAGGUGCCUAUCACGUUUAACGUCUUGAAGGUCGGAGAUAUCGUGACAGGUCAGGUUGUCAAUGUCCAACCCUUCGGUGUCUUCAUCCUUGUGGAUAACUCUGAGAAGAUCCGCGGGCUAUGUCACCGCAGUGAGAUCGCCGAGCAGCGAGUCGAAGAUGCCAGCAAGCUGUUCGCGGUAGGAGACAAAGUGAAAGCCAAAGUGCUGAAACUGGAUCCUGCGACUCGCAAGGUCAACUUCGGCAUGAAAGCGUCCUACUUUACCGAUCCUACCGAGGAAGAGGCCGAAAGCGAUGCUGACUCUGACAGCCAAGGUGGCGCCAUGCUCGACGCCGAAAUGGAGGACGCGGAGGCCGAUAUUAACUUGUCCGAAGACGAAGAAGAUGAGUCCCAGUCGGGAGACAAUGACAGCCAUGUGGAAGGAGACGACGAGGAUUCAGACAUGGUAGACAUACAGAUCCAUCCAGAUAUCCACGACACCGAGGAUGAAGACGAAGACGAAGACGAAGACGAAGCCACACACGUCUCCGUAGCGGCUCCGAAAAGCACGGCUCUCUCGGCCGGCGGCUUCGACUGGACGGGCCUUCUUCCUGCACCAUCACCUUCGAGCAAGCGACUCGCAGAAGCAUCCGAUUCCGACGCCGACACUCCCAAGAAAAAGCACAAGAAGAAAAAGAACCAGCCAACCAUGGAUGUGGACCGCACCGCCGACCUCGACGUCAACGGUCCUCAAUCUGCCGACGAUUUCGAGCGCCUGCUCCUCGCGGAGCCCGACAACUCGGUCCUCUGGCUUCGAUACAUGGCCUUCCACCUCGACUUGGGCGACGUGGACGCCGCACGAGCAAUCGGGGAACGCGCCCUCCGCACCAUCGCCGUGGGACUUGAGGACGAGAAGUUCAACGUGUGGGUGGCCCUACUCAAUCUGGAGGUCCACUUCGGCGACGAUGAAAGUGUCGAGGAGGAGACGUUCAGGAGAGCAUGUGAAGUCAACGACCAGCAGGAGAUGCACGCACGCCUGGCCAGCAUCUACAUCAAAGAGGGCAAAUUCGCCAAGGCCACCGACGUCUUCGAACGCAUGAUCAAGAAAUUCGCCCGAGACCCCAAAGUCUGGGUCAACUACGCAGCCUUCCUCCUCGACAAGAUGGGUGAUGACGACGCCGGUCGCGAAAAGGCGCACGCACUACACGCCCGCGCCCUGCAGACGCUUCCCAAGUUCACGCACUUUGAGACGACCAAGUCGUUCGCCCGCCUGGAAUUCACCUCGGCGCACGGCCUGCCCGAGCGGGGCCGCACCCUCUUCGAGGGCCUGAUUGCGUCGUUCCCCAAGCGCGUGGAUCUCUUCGACGUGCUGCUCGAUCUCGAGAUGAACGUCACAAAGGACGACGAGCAGGUUCGCGCCACGUUCGAGCGCAUCUUCACUCUCAAGCUGAAGCCCAAACAGGCGAAGAGUUUCUUCAAGCGCUGGGAUCGGUUUGAGACGGCCAGAGGGGACGAGAGGCGCGUCGAGGCCGUCAAGGCCAGGGCCGCCGCGUGGGUUAGGGAGAAUGCAAAAUCGAAUGACUAG